AUGGCUUCCGUACGUACUUCUCCGCAUACCCAAUCCAAAAGCAAAGGCAUUGUCACUGACAAGUCAAGCAGUCUUGAAAAUACACAUAAUCAUUUAAGCCACAAGGCCACAUGGGACAGUGCUUCAAUCCGAGUUUUCCUACAGUUGAUUGCAAAUGAGAUAACUAAAGGCAAUCGCCCAUUCCUAGUCCUCAGCCAAGCAGGGUACAAGUCCUUGGCACGAAAAUUUGAGAGAAAAACAGAAAGAAAACAUGGACUCAAACAGUUGAAGAAUAAGUACAUGCGUUUGAAACAAGACUGGCAAGCGUGGACACAGUUGAUGGAUUCAAGCAAAGGAGUGUCAGAGAUAGGGUUUAACUGUGACACCAGAAAAAAAACCUUGGAACAUCGUAAGUUGAUGAAGACUGUCUUCAUGGGGACAUCAGCUACUGGUAAGCACCAUUGGACCCCGGGCGAGAAACUUCCUGAAGCUGCUGAUGACUCAUCUGAUUCAGUGCACAGUUUGGGAGCCCAGCCAUUUGCUAUUCCGAUACCCGCAAGAGUGCAGGACGUGGAUUCAGAUUCUUCACUGGAGCAUGUUCCGAUUGAAAAGGGGAAAAAGAGAAAGACGCCAUCAAGCAGUGUUUCAAAGGCCAAGAAGGCAACAAGUGGAGCGUCAGUUAUUGCGGAAAGCAUGAACACUCUGACAGAUAUGGUGCGAACGAAGAAUCAGCAGGUUACGGUGAGGCACCUCACAGGCAACGAAUCGCUGUUUACUAUUUCGGAGUGUAUGCAUCGCCUGGCAGGUAUUACAUCACUGGUUGGUACGCCGUUAUUCUACUUCGCCUCGACACUUAUGGAUAACGCCGAUUUGCGGGAGGUGAUGAUGUGCCAGCCUGAUGACCACUCUAUCAUAGGGUGGCUUACCCAGAAGUAG